CACUGUCCGAAUUCCAAACAAAGACGCAAACGCAUGUGUAUAUGUAUGUAAAUUACAUUUUGCAAGGCGUAUGUGCACAACAUGAGUUCCUGGCGUGAAAAUAUCACCAGUUUACCGAGCGCAGUUGCGCAAUUUGUCAACGAAAGCGCUUCAACAGCGUCCACUUACCUGCACUCAGCACAUUCCGGGUCGGGCACCUCUGUCUCUGAGGAGAGCGCUCCACAACACACAGAUUUCAAGGCGUUGCCCAUACCCGCAUCCCUGGUGAAGGAGCAGUGGCGACUGAUCUUCACAUCUGAUGCCAACAUACAGGACUUGCAGGCGGCUAUUGCGCAUUGCCGCGAUCUGGUCUUGUUGAGCGAUGAAUGCAGCGAAGAACGCCGUUGGCUUGUGCGUCAUUUGGUGGACCUACGUUAUUCGCUUCAAGAAUUGGAGGAGGCGCAGGCUAUUUCCAGCGACGAUGUGGUACUGAUGAAUGCCAUCAAAUCCGUCGUGGGUCACCAUUUUGUGCCACACUAUCCAAGUGCACGCAACCGCCUGCAAGCGGCUGCCAAACGUUACUAUUGCGACCACUGCACAGGCAUCAUCUGGCGGGUGGUGCAGGCGGCCUACAUAUGCAGCGAUUGCAGCUAUCUGGUGCACCAGAAAUGCAUUGACAGCGUUCAGCGCGUUUGUGCCCAUGUUCUGGCUUCCGAACGUCAGUUUCCCGUCGCCGAGAUCUGCCCCGAAAUUGGCCUGGCGGCGCAGCGCUACAAGUGUGCCGAGUGCUCGACGCUACUCAAUUUCAAAAAUUCGUGGAUUGAGCCGCGCCUGUGUGAUUAUCGCGGUCUCUACUACUGUCCGUCGUGCCAUUGGAAUGAUAGCUUUAUAGUGCCAGCCCGCAUUGUGCACAACUGGGAUUUCACGCCACGCAGAGUAUCGCGCACAGGUCUACAGGAGAUACAGUUGUUCGUAGACAAGCCGCUCAUCCGGCUGGAGGAGGAGAAUCCCAAGUUAUUCGUAUUUCUCGAAAAACUGUGCACCGUUAAAAAAUUGCGCCAGAAUCUCGUUCACAUGCGACACUACCUGGCCGCCUGCAAAGUGGCCGUUGAGCAGAAGCUCGUUGACCAACAGCUGGGCAGGCGCCGGCAUUUGGCCCAGUCCAAUGAGUUCUACUCCAUUGGCGAUCUCGUACAGGUGGAAUCGGGCGUCUUGGCCGAUUUCCUGCAGGGCGUCUUCAAGGUAUUUGACGUACACAUACGUCGCUGUGACAUGUGCCUGGCCAAGGCGUACAUCUGUGAAAUCUGUAGCAACAACGAGGUCAUAUUUCCCUUCGACGAUGGCUGCAUCAAGUGCGACCAAUGCAACUCUAUAUACCAUCGUGUGUGCUUGACACGCAAGAACAUGAUCUGCCCGAAAUGUGUGCGUAUCCAGGAGCGUCGCUUGCAGCUCGACCGUAUGGCAAGCAAGCAGGCGGAUAAGGAAAUUGAUAUCAAUGCCAACGAUGCCUCCGAUGAAGUGCAGCCGGCGAAUACCACGUAACCCGGUCACUUUAAAAUGUUGUGUUUUUUAACUCGUAUCUGUGUAACAUUGUUAUUUUUAAUGUAUAUGUACAUACGACCGUCUCGUAGAGGCGAUUACUAAAUAUAUAUAUAAUAAUA